CGGUCCGAGCGCGCGCCGCACACACGAACCAAGUCGCACUCGACGGUAGGUCGUGUCUCGAGGGGACACUACGAUCGUCGUUCCCUUGCACGGCAACACUCAUUUUCUUUGAAAUUUCGUGCAAUUGCAAAGAAAUAAGUGACCGCAAUUAGUGACUUAAGUGCAUUGUGAACAUUCCCAAGCGUCGAACCCACGUGUUCACUUCAUAAGUGACAACUUUCUGACUGAUGAAGGAUUGCGUGAGCGCGGAGUUUGAUUUACAGAACCCGAAAUUUCGAGGCACUCUACAUUUCGAAAACUCUCUCAAAUAUAGUUAACGAUAAUUAUAUUACGUAGAAUGAAUAAGAGAGAUUAAGAAAAAACAAUAGAGAAAUAUUAAUAUAACUUAGGAACAAAUGAAUAUUAUAAGUAGCACAAGAGAAAGUAUAACUUCAAGAAGCAUGGCGGACAUUAGUUUGAGAAGCACUCUGAGGAUACUGUGGACACUGCUAGCAGCCCUGGUCUUCCUGAGCCGAAGUAGCGCCGCUCCAGCCUUCGGGGGCACCGACAAAGCAAUGUCUGAUUACGAUGGAAAAUUCCAGAUGUAUCUAGCUCAGUACGGCUACCUCAGCCCUUCAGUCCGGAACCCUUCCAGCGGACACAUCAUGGAUGAGAGCUCGUGGCGACGAGCUAUUUCGGAGUUUCAAAGCUUCGCUGGACUCAAUUCUACAGGUGAACUUGACGAGGAUACAGUAAAGUUGAUGUCACUGCCAAGGUGUGGUGUCAAGGAUAAAGUUGGGUUUGGAGAGAGCCGUGCGAAGAGAUACGCAUUACAAGGUUCAAGGUGGCGGGUGAAGAACCUCACAUACAAGAUCUCGAAGUAUCCAUCAAGGCUGAACCGCGAUGCAGUCGACGCCGAGCUUGCCAAAGCCUUCUCCGUCUGGUCGGACUACACCGACCUUACCUUUACCCAGAAACGGUCCGGACAGGUCCACAUUGAAGUCAGGUUUGAAAAGGGUGAACACGGUGACGGAGAUCCUUUCGACGGCCCCGGCGGUACCCUGGCGCAUGCUUAUUUCCCGGUUUAUGGAGGCGAUGCUCACUUCGAUGAUGCUGAAAUGUGGUCAGUUAAUUCUCAGCGGGGAACCAAUCUGUUUCAAGUGGCUGCUCAUGAGUUUGGUCAUUCGCUAGGACUGUCCCAUAGUGAUGUGAGGUCCGCUCUGAUGGCCCCGUUCUACCGAGGUUACAAUCCUGCUUUCCAACUUGACCAAGAUGACGUACAGGGAAUCCAGGCGUUGUAUGGCCACAAGACUCAGCUAGACAUCGGUGGUGCUGUGGCUCCAAGUCCCACAGUUCCUCGCGUCACCACACAGCAGCCAUCUUCCGAAGACCCGGGCCUGUGCUCCGAUCCCAAUAUCGACACUAUAUUCAACUCUGCCGACGGAGGAACAUUUAUUUUCAAAGGGGAGAACUACUGGCGAUUGACUGAGAACGGAGUAGCGGCUGGAUACCCACGACAAAUAUCACGCGCUUGGCCCGGCUUACCAGGCAACAUCGAUGCCGCCUUCACCUAUAAAAAUGGCAAAACCUACUUCUUCAAAGGUUCCAAAUACUGGAGGUACAAUGGACAGAAAAUGGACGGCGCAUACCCUAAGGAGAUAAGUGAAGGUUUCACUGGUAUCCCAGAUAAUAUUGACGCAGCGUUAGUCUGGUCAGGAAAUGGUAAAAUUUACUUCUACAAAGGCUCGAAGUUCUGGCGGUUUGACCCCGCGCAACGGCCACCGGUCAAAUCCACUUACCCGAAACCCUUGUCGAACUGGGAAGGGAUCCCUGAUAAUAUAGAUGCUGCCUUGCAAUAUACAAAUGGCUACACUUAUUUCUUCAAAGGUGGAUCCUAUUGGCGAUUUAAUGACAGAACCUUCAGUGUGGAUACCGAUAACCCAGCCUUCCCAAGAUCGACGGCAUACUGGUGGUUAGGAUGUAGUAGCGCACCUCGAGGGACAGUUGGAGGUAACGCGCGUAUCACAGCACACGAUGACAGAUCUGAUGAUGAUGUCGGAGAUAUCAUCUUCGACUCAGGUUUAAAAUCAUCCGCUCCCAGAUCUUUCUUCUGGUUCAGGAAAUAGCAUCUCAACGUUCCUGAACGCUGUACAUAGACAAUUAAUAGAACAAAGACUCAAUUAGUUAAUAGGGGAUAUAUGAAUACCAGUGAGAUUACAAGCGGUGAUUUCAUUCUGGCGUACACACCAUGCACUUUGUAUGACCCUGACAGCAUGAGGGGUAACAGUGGCGUGUCGACAUCGGUCCAUCUGUUGACUCUGAGCGCUGGUCUGAUAGCGAUAAAGUCCCUGUCUUAGUACCACCGGCAUCCGAAGCGUUGGUCGGAGUCACCGCAUCUCUCCCUGUGAUCGCGUGUCUGUCUGUUCCGCACCUUGUGUAAAGUGAACGGCGUGUUGUGAGGACGACUGAGAACUCUUUAUAUCUUGUGAACAAUAAUUUAAUACCCAGUCAUAGUUUUUAUACGUAAUAUAAAUAGAUGAUGUAAGCUCGCGUGUGAUAUUGAAGUAAGCAAUAAUUUUUGUAUUAAAUAUUUUUUUUAAA